ACCCAACGCUUGUACUACUACGUAGUAUGUACGGUAUUCAACCGAGCCAUCUGAUGUCAUGUGGGGUAAUUGCCGAGCCUUGGGCUCGUGAUGGAUGAGGAGGAAUGCUUGCGGUUGAGUUUACGAGAAGCCAUCGGCCUGUUGAGUCCGUCAUCACUUGAGGUAUAAAGGGCACCAUCGAGUCGCUGUCGUAUCCAGUCUCCUCACUCGCUUCACUUCACAUUACAUUGCACAAUCAAGCAUCCCGACAAAUAUCACGUCCUUUACCCCAGUCAAUCAAUCUCAACCGCAAUCAUGCAGCUGUCCAACAUCCUCUCUAUCUUCACCCUCGCCACUGCCGUCUCGGCUGUCUCUGUCUCUUAUGAUACUGGCUACGAUGACCCCAACCGCUCCCUUACUGCUGUAGCUUGCUCCGACGGUGCUAACGGUCUCAUGACCAAGCACCCCACAUGGAAGAAGCAGAGUGAUAUUCCUCGGUUCCCCUAUAUCGGCGGAGCUGCCUCAAUUGCUGGCUGGAACUCUCCUAACUGUGGUCUCUGCAAGAAGGCCACCUAUAAGGGCAAGACUAUCUAUGUCCUUGCUAUUGAUCAUACUGCUCUCGGCCUUAACGUCGGCCUUACAGCCAUGAACGCUCUUACCAAUAAUCAGGCCACUCAGCUUGGUCGUAUUGAAGCGACUGUUGUUAAUGUCGACAAGAGGUUCUGUGGCCUGUAAAUGACCACUUCGAUUAUGAUUUCACGAUGGGUAAUAUGGGUUGCAUAAGGAAUGAAUGCAUGAGGAAUGGUUGCAUGAGGAAGGAAUGCAUUGAGGAAUAUUACAGCAUACAUGGCUCUUUAGACUACGACCGUGCCGGGUCAUUAUAGUAAUUUAUUAUUUGAACAUUUGUCUCAG